UCACGGGCACAACCUACGCGUUUUGCUCACGAGGUAAAUUGCACCGUGCGUUCCCUCGCACGUCCGGCGAUGGAUCUGACGCUCCGCGGGUUCGCUCCUCGCGUCUGAGCAAAGACAAAAUUUAAAAAUUUAAAAUCCGGUCACCUAUUCGCAUCAUCAUCAUCGCCAUCGUCAGAUCCAGCGGGGGCAAGAGAGGAGAGGAGGAAGAUGGGGUGCUGCUCGGCGCGGUGCACGCUGAUCCUGCUGUGUUGUGUGCAGCUGAUCACGGCCCUGGAGAGGCAGGUGUUUGACUUCCUCGGCUACCAGUGGGCUCCCAUCAUGAUCAACUUCUUUCACAUCAUCGUGGUCAUCCUGGGCCUGUUCGGUGCAAUCCAGUACAGAUCACACUACGUUAUAAUGUACCUGCUGUGGACGUUGCUGUGGCUUGGCUGGAAUGCCUUUGUGUGCUGUCUCUACUUGGAUUUGGGAGGGCUUUCAAAGGACAGUGAUAUUCUCUCCCUCGGAGUGUCGUCACAUCGCUCCUGGUGGAAGGACAACGGGCCGGGGUGUGUCAGCGAGGGCCUCCCCUCCACCGGGUGGCACAACCGGCCAAACCCUGAGCUGACCACAGUGCUGAGCUGCUGGCUGGAAUACCAGUACAUAGAAAUCCUGCACUGCGCCGUCCAGCUCCUCAUUUCACUCCUGGGAUUUGUUUACGCCUGCUAUGUUGUAAGCACUUUUUCAGAUGCGGAUGAAAGCUUUAAUUUCACUGGUGAAUUUCAUCAUCCAUCCAAACCCUCUCAGUUGCUCUUCUAGUGUAAAGACUUGAUGGAUUAUAAAUAACCACAAAAAGAAAGUGGUUGGGAAAAGCUGAGAAGGAACCAGGCAACCAAACAACUCUGAAGACUGUCAUCGUGUAUCAACUUAUAAAACAUCUGUCGCAGAUGCUGAACCUCACUGUGCUGUACACACUGUCCAGAGUCAAGAGGGGAUUUUCCAGUAUAUCACUGUAGAAAAGGCAUAGACUUAUUUAUAAUGUGUUUUUACUCAAGCUUCAAGUGCCAUAAAUCUAAAAUAAAAGUCUACCUGUGUGUGUGUGUGUGUGUGUGUGUGUGUGUGUGUGUGUGUGUGUGUGUGAGAGAGAGAGUGUGUAAAUCACUGGAUAUUAAGCACUCAAGUACACCUAUUUUAAAGAAAAUUUGUGAUUUUAAAU